CUGUGUGCAUGUGCGUGUGCGAGUGUGGGAUUAGAUCAAGGGAAACGUCGUGCCUCCAUUCCCAGUGAACACAAUAGUCCUUUUUAUUAGUGGCCGUCAGGGAAAACGUAUACGAACAUCCGUGGGCAAUGAACGCCGCGACCGCCGCGACCUGCCUGCUCGCGGCCGGCUUCGGUUGCUUCCUGUACGGCCGCGAUAUCUUACUGUGGCCGUUCCGUGUCAAUCUGACAGAGCCAUCCUCCAUGCCCGAGCCGGGGGCUGCUCCCAGGCGGAGUCCGCAGGGAGUUCCGUACACCGACCUAGAGCACAUCGUCAACGCCGAUGGACUGCACCUGUUCUGCCGCUACUGGGAACCGGUCGGCCCGCCAAGGGCGCUGGUGUUCAUCGCCCAUGGGGCCGGGGAGCAUUGUGGGCCGUACAAUGAGAUUGCACAGAGACUGAAAGAGUUGUCCCUGCUGGUCUUUGCGCAUGAUCACGUUGGGCAUGGUCAAAGUGAAGGCGACAGAAUGAACAUAAAGGACUUUCAGGUGUACAUCCGAGACUCACUGCAGCACAUUGACCUGAUGAAGUCUCGCCACCCCGGCCUACCUGUCUUCAUUGUGGGCCAUUCAAUGGGCGGCGCGAUAUCCAUCCUCACAGCCUGCGAGAGACCUACUGAUUUUACCGGAGUGGUUCUAAUUGGUCCCAUGAUCCAGAUGAACCCAGAUUCAGCCACACCAUUCAAGGUUUUCCUGGCCAAGGUUUUGAACCACAUGCUGCCAAACUUUACUCUCGGCUCUAUUGAUUCCAAAUUGGUCUCACGGGACGAGAAGCAGGUGCAGGCAUACGAAGCUGAUGAGUUGAACUUCCACGGAGGGAUGCGUGUGUCAUUUGGCAUGCAGCUAAUGGGGGCGGCGGCUCGCAUUGAACGGGAGAUCUUGUCCAUCAAGUGGCCCUUCCUGCUCCUUCACGGUGACGCUGACAAGCUUUGCGACAUUCAAGGUUCUAAAAUUAUGUUCGACAAGGCUCCCAGCGCCGACAAGAAAUUGAAGGUAUACGAGGGAGCCUACCACGCCCUUCACCACGAGCUGCCUGAGGUGUCGGAGUCCGUGCUAAAGGAGGUGACUGGCUGGAUCAUAGAGCGCCUUCCCAGCAUCACAUUGCCAUCACCUCAAGGCUCAUAGACAUAGGGAACAUGUAGAGAGGCCAGUCAAAGCUCCAAGGAAACCACCUUCUUUAAAAUACACUGUAUAGUACAUAGCACCAUGGUUUAGCCCAAACCAUACUGGUUAAGUUCAAGUUGCAGUAUGCUCAGGUUUGUAGUGCAAUAAUGACAAUUCUUUGUUUGUGCAUAUAAUGCCAGUUGAACUCCUCAGCCCUCCCCAAAUGAAUGUUUUAUAAAUGACACACAAACCUUUAUGGAAGUUACAAAUGCUCACUUCUGCAUUUCCUAGUCCAAAUUAGUUUGAUGCAAAUAUAACAAAGCAAUUUCCAUUAGCUUGUUCAUUAGCGUACGGGCAAAAUGUGAAAACAGUUUGUGCACACCUGAACGUCUAGGCAGGGCAUUAAUAGCCUUUACUUGGUUUCUCAGUGAUUCGUGCAUGAAUCGCAAUGGUAUGAUUUAGGUAUAUUCGAAUCUAUCAAAUUAAGCAUUGAUGGAGGUAAAGUAAUUGUAGAUCAGGGGUGUCAAACUCCUUUUUGUUGUGGGCCACAGCGUACUUAAGGUUUCCCUCGUGGGGCCAUUAAUGACUUAAAUAGAAAUGGAUGGCCCCUCAUACUAUCACAUACACAACAGAAUCCAGUGAUAAAAAGUGAAACCAUGUAGAUGGUCCUCCAGCAGACCACGUUACCGUGGACAAUAGUUGGUUCACACGUAAAUUAUAGUUUGGCUCCAGCUGUAUUGGUUCAAUGAAUGUAGGCUACAACAUAAAGGACAUACUAAACUCCACAAUAGGAUAACAAUUUUUAAUAAUUUCAUGGUUGAGAAGGUUUGUUUUUACUGCUAAGAAUCUACUUAACAUAUAUUUAUGACUAAUACAGAUUGCAAUGUCAUAUUUGUAUGUUGUAAUUGGGGAUAUCACUGCAAAACUGAGAGGAAUGAGAUUAAUUUCUGUGCGGUGGUGCCAUCUGAGCCUUUAAUCUUAAUCUUUCCCUUGGUUUGUAUUGCUGUGGUGACCAGUAGUGUUUAUCCAUUCUAUUAGCAUGGACCUUUUUGCCAGUGCAGCCUCACCCUUGCUGCCUCUAGUGGAUCGUUCAUGCCACUGCUAAUGGUCAGUGUCCUGCAUUGAAUUGGUCAUGCAAAAGUCAAAUUACUGCUGACCUCAACUCGAUUCCUUUUGAAAAGUGUGAUAGAUGAGCCUCUUGAUGAAAUAAGAUUUUUAUUAUGCCACCCUAUUUAUGGAUUUUAUGAAAACCUCAACUGCCUUCCCGACUGCAGUUAGAACACAUAAAGCACAUGCAUUAUAGUACUACAUGGACUUGGCACAAGAGACACA